AUGAACAUUAUAUUUUUUUUCUUGGUGCUGUUAUUUAUAUAUUGUGUAACUAUCUCUGGAAAUCUUUUUAUUGUGGUUUUAUUUCAUCUGAGUAAAACUCUUCAGUCUCCCAUGUACCUCUUCAUCACCCAACUAUCGUUGUUUGAUAUAAUUCUGUCUACAGAUAUUCUUCCCAACCUUCUUUAUAUCGUCUUACAUGAUGGAUGUACCAUGUCUCUUGCUGGAUGUAUCAUCCAGUUCUCCUUCUUUGCACAUGCUGAGGCCUCAGAGUGUUUUCUCCUGACUGUGAUGUCCUACGAUCGGUAUUUGGCCAUUUGUAAGCCCCUGCAUUACCACUCUAUAAUGAACCAAUCAUUUAGCAUUAAAUCAGCGAUUGCCAUUUGGUUAUUGGGUUUCAAGAUGACGUUGCUUCAGUCCAUGUCUAUAUGCAGUCUAUACUACUGUGGCCCAAACAUCAUUCACCACUUCUUCUGUGACUACGAACCCCUACUUGAUCUUUCCUGUUCUGAUAUUUCACGGAUCCAUAUUCAGACCUUUGUAGUGGGCUUCAUCUGUUUCAUAGCACCCUUUAUGAUAAUUGUUGGAUCUUAUAUCUGUAUCGUUGUUACCAUCCUCAACAUUAAAUCAAUUUCAGGAAGGAAAAAAGCCUUCGCCACCUGCAGCUCUCACUUGACCACAGUGUGCAUUUUUUAUGGGACGCUAAUUGCUGUGUAUUUGAUACCAACAAAAGGUCAACUGGAUGUUCUGAACAAGGUUCUCUCUCUGUUUUACACUGUAAUUACGCCAUUGCUUAAUCCGAUCAUAUACACGUUCAGGAACAAAGAUUUUAAAAAAGCUAUUGGGAAAAUAAAAUUAAAUUCUUUUUAG